AUGUCCUCUCUCCUCGAAUACUUGCCCCAACACGAGGGCCUUCUUCCCAAAUGGCUCUUUUUUGUCGGCGUUACUGCCGUCGGCAACAUUCUCCAAGCCUACCGCACGCUCCACUUCACCUCUCAAGUCUACCUGUCUCCCCGUCCGGACCGCGUCAAGCCGCCGCCCGGCUACCAGCACCCGAGCGAAACCACGCCGCUUCAUAGCCGUACCUUCGGUACCUGGACCCUGCUGCAGGGCAUCGUGCGCCUGUAUGCUGCCUACAACAUCGAAGUUGCCGGCAUAUACCAGCUGGCCAUGCUGACCAACGUGGUUGCCAUGUGGCACUUUGGCACCGAGUGGUUCGUUUUUGGGACCACGAGCUGGAACAAGGGUUUGGCAGGACCGGUAUUUGUGAGCAUUGGGACAACCUUGUGGAUGACGUUGCAGUAUGGGUUUUAUGUGAAAUAA